GUUACUGACGGCGGCCGCCCGUCGAAUCGAACAACAGCGCCGGGUCUGGUCCGAGGAGGUCGUAUUCGACUGAGUGGUGAGCGCCGGAUCGGCCGCAGCCGCGCCGCAGACGUCUCAGAUGGGGUCGGUGUGAACGCGGAGCGGAGUAGCAAUGAGGUGGCCGGGACGAGAGCGGCCGAUUGAUGCGUGCGAUGAAAGUGGACGGUGGUGUUGAUAUCGCCGUGUAAAUGUUGGGGAGCGGCGGCCGUUCGUAUCGGCCGCCGGCAGCGUGCGCCGGCGCUGCAACCUGCAGUCCCGGCCGGCUGGUGACGUGGGUGACGUGGCGGCCGCUGAUUGGUCGGCGGGUGCCCAGCCCCCCUAUAUAAGGCGGUGCAUCGCCGGCGGCGGCAGACGCUGAGCGGUGCGCUCCAAGAUACCUAUAAGAAACAGUCGUCACCGAUCGGGCUGCUGUGACCUCAUCCGUGGAAGUUUCUCACGCGAGCUUCGCACGCCACAAUGGAUCUCUACAACAACUCGGUGCUCAACAUCGAGGACCCUGGGCUACGGGAGGCCAUGAACGUGGCCCUGAAGAGCGGCCACGUGCCCAUCGAGGACCAGUGGCGUAUUGACGCCAUCACCAAGCGCUACCACCAGUGUCUGGCGCAGCCCGAGAUGCCCCCGGGCGCCGCAGACGAGGAGUACUGUCCACGGGUGUUUGACGGCUGGAGCUGCUUCAACUACACCAAAGCCGGAGAGACCCAGUCCGUCACCUGCCCCUACUUCGUCAUCGGCAUGAACGCAAAACACGAGGCGUACCGCUCGUGUUUGGAGAACGGGGAGUGGUUUCGGCACCCGGACUCGCCGCCAGGCGUGUCCGGCUGGUCCAACUACACGACCUGCGUGGACCUCCGAGACCUCAGCUUACGUCAGGUCGUCAACAGCGUGUACAUUUGCGGCUACUCAAUCUCGCUCGCCGCCAUCAUCAUCUCACUUCUCAUCUUCAUGUACUUCCGGACGACUCUCAACUCAACUCGUGUCCGGAUUCACAUCAACCUGUUCGUGUCGUUCAUGAUCAACAACUUCAUGUGGAUCAUGUGGUACGAGUUCAUCGUGGAUGACGUCAAACUUCUGAAUGAUAACACGAUCUGGUGUCGCAUGAUGCACAUAGUAGUGCAGUACUUCAUGGUGGCCAACUACUUCUGGAUGUUCUGCGAAGGUCUUUACCUGCAUACGGUGCUGGCGGUGGCGUUUGUGACCGAGGGUAAACUGAUGAAGUGGCUCUACGUCAUCGGCUGGAUCGUUCCCGUCAUCUUCACCGGAAUCUACGCGGUGGUACGCGGCCUGUCGCCGAACGUGCCACCAGAGACCACCUCCUGGUGCUGGAUGGAGGAGGCCUACACCUGGCUGCUCUCUGCGCCCGUCUGUACCUCCAUGUUGGCCAACUUCGUGUUCCUGGUCCGCAUCGUUUGGAUCCUGGUCAGAAAGCUGCGCGCCGCCCCAGGCAAUGAGGAACACAACAACUCGUGGCGGGCUGUGCGCGCCACUCUGAUCCUGAUUCCGCUGCUCGGCCUGAACUACAUGCUGGCACCGUUCAGACCGGAGCCAGGCGCUCCCGGGGAGAACGUCUACCAGAUCCUGAACGCCGUCACCACGUCGGCCCAGGGAUUCUGCGUGGCCCUGCUCUUCUGCUUCAUGAAUGGAGAGGUUCUGCAGCAGUUCAAAAAGAAAUGGCAGCAGUCGCGCAUUAUGAAGGGAAAGCCCACCAACUCCUACGCCUUUACGACUAUGAGCACGGUUCCUCCGGAGGCGUCAAUGGUGUCUGACCCGGACCCGGGCAAGCUGCGAGCUGAGGAGUGGUAGAAGCCGAGCGCUGUCCGGCCGCCGCCGCCGGCCGCACGCCGACCUCUCACAGAGCCAGGCAGGCGGCGGCGGCCACCGCUGGCGACGGCAGCCAGAGGUCAGCAGAAGGUCACAGCGGGAGCCGCGCCACCCGGGGUCAAGGUCAACACUCAAGGUCACCUGGACUGUGGGCUGUGGAUGUCUGUCGUUGAGGGAUAGAUGUCACAUCACUGAAGCAUGGAGUCGUUUGUCGGUGGCUGCCGUCGACGCGUCGCCGUGGUCGGUCAGAACACUGUGUCACUAAAAGGUGAAUCUGAGGUCAUUCUGAGGUCAUUCGGAGGUCACUCUGGGUCACUCGGAGGCCGCGGACGCCGAGCUGGGAGAGAGGGGUUUCUCAGGGAAGAGCGAGAGUCGGCGGCACUCGAGAGUGCGCCGCCAAGUCCUUCAUCAUGUUUUAACACGUGUGCUCUCCCAAUUGUGUGUGACUUCACCGUAAUGCGUAACGUCACCGCUGCGUGUGACGUCACCGGUACUAGGUGACGUCAUCAGACGGUACAUUAUGUGACGUCAUAUCGUGUGUGGCGCGUGUGGCGGUUUGUGGACGGGUGUUCUCCGGUCGGUGUUGACGUUGCUUUUGCCGCGCGCAGUCGGACGGGGCUGAGCCGUCUGAAACUGUCUGAGGACGUUCUGAACUCAUGUACCUGUUGUAUGUGUCCGUGUACAUAGUCUGGCGGUAGGUGUACCGUACCUCUGGUACCGCUGGUACUCGGUGGUACGGCCUACAGAUGCGGUGUUCGAUGUAAAUCAGUGUAGUGUUAUCGCCCGGUACUCGAGUGUGAUUCUCUUCGGCGGCCAGCUUUUAGCUCACCCAAGAACCUCACUAGAAACAUUUUCGUGUUUGGCCAGUAGCUAUGGGAUAAUAAUAUAGCUGUCGAUUAUCUGCUCACGGAAGUUCGCUCUGCUGACGUUUUGUGUGACAUAUCGUCAUGUACACUGUACACUUUUGUUGUUUUAGGGUAAUGAAAUUAUUGUAAAUGUCGAACAGGCAAAAGUAAAUUAGUCAACAUUUGAUGUGCUUAAUGGGGGUUAUGUCAUUUUCAGUUAAAAAUGGUUGUACAUAUCACUGCGUGUAAUGUGUAUUGCUAACACAAGGAAAUCAUUUUGCGCUAUUACACCUACUGCUUGAGUAAGAGAUUAAUCGACAAAUUAACAAUCACUUCAUGCAUCAUUUUCUACGCGCCAUAUAUACCUAUCAGACAAUAUGUCCCUGCGAAUCACAAGACCGACUUGUGUGCCAUCUGAUGUAAGACCCGAUCGGAGGGAGGUCCGGGCCGAGCUGUUAGUCAUUUAUACGGAACUGUUUGAUCCACUGUGCACUGUGUCGGUUGGUGUUUGGUGGGAGUGUUGCACUGUGCGCCGCGCUCGCUCGCCUAGUGCUGUGUAACGCACCUGCUCGGCACCUUUGGGAGUUCAGAUAUCGGCUACCUGCUCUGUAAAACUCAUCAUCAAUCAUACCCCGCCAGAGCAUCUGUCUGGCUCUCAUCACAAGCAUCUCUCCUGUCUAAUGCGCCCAUACUCUUAGCUAGCAGCCUAGAUGGAGCUUUUCUGGCAUUAGGCAUGAAGCGAAGCUAUGUAUUUUUGUCAGGAUAGGUCGGUAUAACGGUAUAUGUCUGGCUACUCGUCACUGCGUGAUAAGGCUUUUGUAUUUAGCUUCAUUGAUGGUUAUGUGCGAUAAAACAGAAAACGGGAAAUACUCUAUAAACUGUAUAAGAGAUUUCACGGAGAUUUUCAUGUUUGGCGUGCAUUGUCACAGUUUGGACGGGUGAAAGGACGGGAAAGCGGCUAUGACUGUGCGCCAUACCGCGUAUGACUGUGUGCCAUACCGCGUAUGCCCGUUAACUGUGCGUGCAGGUCGGAGCACAUGUGCCAUGUUUAGCUAUAGGGGUUGCUAGCAACCGAGGCCAGUUAGCUGGGCACGGGUCAAUGUUGGGCGCCGCCGGGCCGGCUGCCCGCCAGGUCACUGUACAUGUGCGCGGUGUGUGUGUGUCGGUGUGUAUGUGUGUGUGUACUGUGUAUUCACCAAUGCCGUGUCACUGGCUGCCUCUGUCGCACCGCUCUCGGAAAUUCAAUCAGUCGCUGUCACACGCCUCGGUCCCAGCUGAUCCGACAAUAAAGCUGGUCACACAA